AUGGCCGAGGCGGUGGCGGCGGAGAAAAACAUGGACACAACCCAAACCAAAUCCCAACCUAAAACAUCUGUGGUGUGGGAAAACUUCACCAAGAUUGAAAAGGAAGGCGUUCAGUGCAACAUUUGCAAAGCCCGUUUUGCAUGGCACGGGAGUCCAUCGAUGAUGCGUGAGCAUCUGAAGAGAAGACGUGUUUCUUAGCCUGGAUGAAGGCAGUGGCACUUCAGCAGACACAGGGUAAGUCAUGCCGAUAUAUUUAAAAACUACCGUAGUCAGAAAAAAAGGCAAGAAAUAAACAAGGUAUCGUGGUAGUGGAUGGGUGACUGGGGCGCUAUGUUACCGGAGCAAUCAUGUAUAAGAAUAAAAUACAUUAAAAAAAUAUUGUUGGCUGGAAAUUGUGGGAAUAAUACACAGUUUGAUAGCUGGCCUAAAACCGGAGCUGGGCAAAGACAGUAACUAUUGUUGCGUCCGAAUCAUUGACAUAGAACGUUGGCUCUUUCCACACAUUAAAAAUCGACCGCCGAGCAGCUAAGCUAACUAACCUCCGGUGAAGUUAGAACAUAAAUAAUGUACAUGAAAAUGUAAUGACAAUGAUAAUGUAGUCAUACCAUGUUCUUAUAUACACUCUCUUCUUAUUUCAGUGGAAAACAACAAAAGCUUGAUGGCUAUUUAGAGAACAAAACCUGCACACCAAAGAAUCAAGAUACCAUGAAAGUGAAGGCUGCAAUAAACAGAAACAGUAGCAGCAUUGCUCUGACUGCUGACGCCUGGAUAAGUGUGGCCACAGAAGCCUACCUUGGCAUCACUUGUCACUACAUAGGUGACAACUGGGAGAUGGAGUCUGUGUGCCUAACCACAUUGCCACUGCAGGUAAAAGUCACUCACUCAUCCAUCGACUCCCUGCACUCACUUUUUUUUCCCCACUUAAACUCACUGACUCUCUCUCUCUCUCUUUGCCUUUUCAUUUUCUUUCUCUCUCUCUCUCUCUCUCUCUCUCUCUCUCUCUCUCUCUCUCUCUCUCUCUGUGCAGAACAGGCAUACUGCGUCCAACAUUGCAGACUGGUUGGAGGAGGUGGUAGCUAAAUAUGAAAUUCCAGUAACCAGAGUCGCUGCCAUUGUCCACGAUAAUGGAGCUAAUAUCGUGGGGGCAGCCAGAUUACUGGAGGAGAAGCAUGGUUGGAUGUCCGUUCGCUGCACUAGCCACACCCUGCAGCUGGUGGUCAACACUGCCAUAAAGGCCCACCAGAGCACAGAGAGAGCCCUUGGAGCCGCUAGGUCAUUGGUGGAGCAUUUCCACAAGAGUGAAUUGGCCAGCACCAAGCUGAAAGCUAAGCAGCUGCAGAUGAACACACCUCAAAAGACGCUGAUUCAGGACGUAGCCACAAGGUGGAAUAGUACCUACUAAAUGGUGAAGAGCCUACUCCAACAGAGGUGGCCGGUUACAGCAACAUUGUCGGACUCCUCUAUCACACCCAAGGGUAAAUGGUAAUUAUUUCCUUUGCAUUUACUUUGACCACCACAUUACUACAGUACUUAACCUCAGUAAUACCCAGGAUGCUUUACAAUUCUUUCAUUCAUGCUUUCAUUCCCAGAUACCUGGAUUUGAAACCAGAUCAGUGGAGCCUGCUGGAAGAACUGCUGAAGGCCCUUAAGCGUUUUGAGGUUGCCACUGUUUUUAUGAGUGGGCAGAACUAUGUUACCAUCUCUGCAGUACCGACUCUUGUGAGGGGGCUAUUGAAGGCCAUCCAGAAUGCUUCUUUCGAGUCACCCCUGAUGAAGGCUUUCCAGGCCACGAUGACAGAGCAGCUUAAAAAGCAAUGGGAUAGGGAGACAUCCUUCACAGAUACGGCAUUAAAUGCUGUGAUCAUGUCAGCUGCCCUGAACCCACGCUUCAAGAAACUUAAGUCUCUUACACCCCAAGAUCUACUGAAUGUGCAAGCCAAAGUCCAGACACUGGCACUACUAGCUCGAAGGGAGGAGAUGGGUGAGCAGCAUAAUGGUGCUGACCAAACCACUGCCUCCACCACACCACCUCCUCUUGAAGCUCCUCUGUCUUUACUCGACACACUCCUGGACUCUGACAGCAGCAGUGAAUCAGAAGACGGGGAGAAUGAAACUGUCGACCUCAACACCCAGAUAAGGAACAAAGUCCAUGCAUACUUUGCAGAGAAACCCCUUCCCAAAAAAGAAAAUCCACUUCAGUGGUGGAAGACCAACCAAGAGAAAUACCCUUCUUUGGCAAAGCUUGCAAGAUCGUAUCUUUGCAUACCGGGAACCUCGACUCCAUCUGAGCGGCUCUUUUCAGCCGCAGGCAACAUCGCCUCAAGGAAAAGAGCAAGCUUAAGCCAGGAGCAUGUCGAUAUGCUCACUUUCUUACAUUGCAAUUCCUGAUUCAUGAUGUAGAAGACUACAUGAGAUGUAGUAGAUGACUUGAAGUUUGUUCACAUUGAGUAGUUCAUAGUGAGUGCCCCUUCAUUUAUUUUUGUUGUCUUUUUGAUGCCUCACACAUGUUCAUAGUUCCAUAAUCUACAAGCUCAAGGCAUAAAUCUUUAUUUUAUCUUGUGCUGCUCAUCUACUGUUUAUUUUGCACUAGUUCCUCCCAUACGUGUUGGAAUCAGUGUGCGGUUUGAUUUAUUAAUUUUUUAUUUAUUUUAUAUUGUUGUGUCAAGCUGCUGUUCAGGGGAAGCUCAGGUGUUUGGAAAAUAAAAAUAUUUUUGGAAUAAGAAAAAAAAAAGUUUCUGUGUUUAUCCGAUUAAUCGAUUAGUUAUUAAAACAGUCGACAGAUUAAUCGAUUAUCAAAAUAAUCGUUAGUUGCAGCCCUACUUCAGAUCACCCCACAAAUGUUUGAUGGGAUUCAGGUCUGGGCUCUGGCUGGGCCAUUCCAAAGUCUCAAUCUUAUUCCGGUGAAGCCAUUCUUUUGUUGAUUUAGACGUGUGCUUUGGGUCAUUGUCGUGCUGAAAGAGGCCGAAGGUUUUGUUCCAACACUGACUGGUAUUUGGAACUGUUCAUAAUUCCCUCCACCCUGACUGAGGCACCAGUUCCAGCUGAAGAAAAACAGCCCCAAAGCAUGAUGCUGCCACAACCAUGCUUCAAUGUAGGCAUGGUGUUCUUUAGGUGAUGAGCAGUGUUGAUUUUGCACCAAAUAUACCUUUUGCACUGAUGCCCAAAAAGUUCAACUUUGGUUUCAUCAGACCAUAACACAUUUUCCCACAUGUGUUUGGGAGAUUUCAGAUGUCUUUUUGCAAAAUCAAGCCAGGCUUUGAUGCUUUUCUUUGUAAGAUAAGGCUUUCAUCUUGCCACCCUACCCCACAGCCCAGACAUAUGAAGAGAUUGUUGUCUCAUGUACUACACAGCCAGUACUUGCCAGAAAUUCCUGCAGCUCCUUCAGUGUUGCUGUCGGCCUCUUGGUAGCCUCCCUGACCAGUUUUCUUCUUGUCCUAUCAUCAAUCAGGACGUUCAUUAACAAGAACGUCCUGUUCUUGUUAAUGUCACCGUUGUGCCAUAUUUCUCCACUUGAUGAUGAUGGUCUUUACUGUGUUCCAUAUUUAAUUCCUUGGAAAUUCAUUAGCAGCCCUCACCUGAUAUCUGAAUAAUGAGAUCCCUCUGAUGCUUUGGAAGUUCUCUGCAGACCAUGGCUUGUGCUGGAAGAUGUGGCUACAAAAAUGUCAGGAAAAGCAACUAGAACAGCUGAAUUUUUGAAAUUCUGAAAUAUUUGGGGUUGAUCAGAGGCACUUUAAUUGGUGACAGGUGAGUGCUGACUCCAAUUUAACCUGAGUUUGAAUGUUAUUGGUUAAAUCUGAACACAGCCACAUCCCCAGUUAUUAAAGGGUGUGCACACCCUUAUGACACCGUAUAAUCUCAGUUGUUAUUUUUACUUCGCCUCCCUGAAAGAUUUCUGUGUGUUUUUCAAUUGUGCUGUACAGGUCGUAGGUCACAUUAAAGGUGGAAGAAGUUAUAUAUAUAUAUAUAUAUUUAUAUAUAUAUGCACACACACACACACACCCUGGGAUUACAAUUAAAUUUAAAGGUGGGGUAGGCAGGAAUAUGAGGCAGAUGCUGCUCCCUUGUGCUGACUUGCUGUGACGCUUCAUACGCUGCAAUAAGAUGUACAAGCCCUGUAACCUUUCUGCUGGACAGGUAAACCGCUAGGUUUAUUUGACCUUGCGUCCUGUAAUAUGUUGUGUUUUAGUCGUACAGAAGCUGAAAGCAUUGUGUUUGUAGCCUGUUAGCAUGCUGCUCCAUUAGCACUGGUGCUAUUUACAUUUAGUUUGACUGGUGCUAUUUAUAUUUGGUUUGACUGGGCCUUGUUUUAUGAAAGUAAGCUAAGUGUCUGUGACAAAGUGUCACAUGGGACCUAUUGCAUUUUGUCGUGCCGCUAAACUGUUUAUCUCGGGUCUUGAAAUAUCUUGCUUUAUUCUAGUUGUCCUGCAAACAUUGUGUUUGCUGGUAGUCUGUUGCCAUUUACAGUAGCACCAAUGCUAUUUACUUUCACGUUGACUGGGCUCCAUUUGUAAUUAUCUGAAGUAAUUAUCUGUAUUAUAUCUGAAUUUAAUUGGAAGCACCUUUGUUGUUUAAAAAAAAAAGUCUGUGUAUAGUGGUGUUGUUGACUGAAGAAGCAGCUUGGGAAGCUUACAGGUAAAAUAAAUAAUAAGAAAAGAUAUUUUAGACAGACAAAUAUCUUCAUACCACACUCUCCUUUUUUUUCAGGUACCACAAGCUGUGUUAAACAAAGUCCAGAGCAAGGAGUUUGAACACUAUAAAGGCCCCACAAGACUGUACAUUUGA